AUGCCUGUGAACCGCGAUCGGCCUGCUGGAAUUCCAUCUCGGGCGAUUGAGCGGCCCCUCGCAGUGAAGAAGCCGUCCGGACUGAACGUCACACGCUUCAUCGCUCGCGAGGAGGAGCUGCAUCAGGCACGAAAAUACACUUCUAAUAACGAAACCAACGCAAGUAGAGCACUUUGGGAAGAAAAGCAAAACCGCCUAUCGGGUAGUGGUGCUCGUACCCAGCAGAACAAGCGACUUGACGAAGAGCGCGAGUUAUUGGACAAGGAGGUACUCGCGAUCCGACAGGCGCGACUACAAAGAUACUACGAAGCCUGCUACCAAGAUUGGGAGCAAGAGUUGCGAGCUCGUGGUCUAGCGCUUGUACGUGAUCGAGACUAA